GACGCCCUUCUGGAGCGCGUGCGCGGCGUACGGCGCGCGCAUGGUGGACCCGGCCGAGCGAGCGCGCGCGCGAGGCGGCAUGGGCAUGCUCGCCUACGUCCCGGACGGGCCCGAGCGCGGCGCAGGCGAGUCGGCGCCAGCGCGCACGAGAUUCGACGCGUGGAUGGAGGGCGUGCUGAAGGCCGACAAGCCGUGGAGCGCCACGUUCGAGGUGAGCAACCUCGGCGUGCUGCCGGCGACCGGGUGGGAGGGCGACGGCGGGCUCGACGAGGUGCUGUGGGCGCAGGCGGGCAUGGCGCUCGGUCCGGCUUUCGCAGUCAACCCCAUCGCCGUCCGAGGCGGCUCGCUCGGCAUCACGUUGACGUGGCGAUCGGGCACGGUCGACGAGACGACCGUGGCAGACAUCUGGGAGGCGUACGGGCGGGCGCUGCGAGGGCUCGCCGACGGCGAGGGCGUCGAGGAGGCGACUUUCGAGGGCGUCGCACGAGGAAAUCUCUAAGCGGACGAGCGGGACGUUCGAGAGCGGUUAUGUGCGUGUAGAUAACAUGGUGACGGUAAUACUGUGUGGCUCG